AUGAGAACUCCAAAUGAUUAAUAGUCAUUUGGAUUACGUUAAGAGAAUCUUGAUUAAAUGAUGUUUUAACAUAAUCCAUCAGACACAAUAAAACAUCAGAGAGCUAUAUCUUCUUUUUAGAGUAAUUACAGACAAGGUACUCCAAUUACAGAUUUGGAAGAAUUAGAAGGAGAAAAAUUGUUUGAUUAAUUUUUUAAGUUGAGUAAUUCUAAAAGUGAUAGUGAUUUCAUGAGGGAUUCAGUCUAAAGAGAAACAAAGUCAUCUGAGUCUGAAUUUUUAAAAUUUGUAGAAAAUGCAAUAGAAUAUCACAAAUCAUCAGAACUUCAAUUCAGACCUGGAAUAAAAAAGAAUCCAUAAUUAGAGAAAUAGAUUAAGGAACUCACUAUUUCAAAUAGAUUACUAGCAAAUGAAUUGAAUCGUUACAAAUAAAGAGAACAUGAUUUAAAAAAUAAGGUGAAAUCUAUCUAAAAAGAAUUCUAAAAUGAGAUUUCUUAGUUAAGUUAAAAAAAUGAAUGGUUGGAAGAACUGUUAAUAAAAUAGAAGAUUGAUAAUGAGAAUUCUCUUUUAGCCUUAAAAUAAUCAUUAGAGAUGAUAUAAGGAAAAUGCAAAUGUCAAAAAGGAAUGAUUGAAAAGAUUAUAAAGGACGUGAAAUCAUAAGUCAGACCUUAAUUUGAUUUAUAAGCUACAAAUUCUAGUUCAGAACUGAGUAGUAAUACUGAGGAAGAAGAAUUCCAAUUCGAUUUCUUCAAAAGAAGAAAAUCUCUUUCUAAAGUAACAAAUAAUAUUCUAUAAUUCAGAAUUCAGAAGAUCAUUAGUUUUAACAAAGUAAAUUGAAAAAUCCAAAAGAUUAUGCUCGUGAUUUCUUUCUUCGUAAAAAAUCUGCCUAAGAUCCCUAUUACACAUGA